CUGUUUUUUUUUCCUAGUAGUAAUGCAAUGGUUAGAGAUGCUCACUAGACGUUGAGUCCUUGCUAGAAUGGACUGAUUAAUUCAUCUUUAUAUCACAUAGAUAUGUAUAUAAAUAUCAUACAUCACAUUUGAACUUCUGCAGUGGUGAAGCUGAGAGCUGGUAGAUGCAGAGAUAAAUUGAUCAUGGUUACAGGAAUCCAAGAGGCCGUAACUGGAAAAAUUUAGAAAAGAAUGCAUAUUUCAUUGGUACAUUUUUUAGCAUGCUACCUCUUUUCAUGCUUACCUCUUCCAAUUAUCUAAGCAUUAAGGAUUUCAUUUGAUCCGUGCAAUUUUAUUAAAAGAUUUAUUUGUUCUCAUUUCUCUCUGCUGAUUUUCUCCCUUACUGCUUGUAACCUUACAACUGAGAGUGUUCAUACAAUGUUUCUAAUCGCUUGGAUUUUAGAUGGAAGAGAGAAGAGGUGUUUCAGUCUUAAAUUGUCACUGUCAGAAGCACUUUUGCUAAUAUUGCCUAGGUUGCAAACAAUAUUCUUACCAGAGGAGGGCACCAUUAUCUCAUCGGACUUGCAGGAAGAUUUAUAUUUUGCAAAAGAUAUGUAUUUGGAGGGUAAAACUAGUUUGUGAUUGGGAGAAUGAGUUAUUUUGUGAGAUGAAUACUUUUUUCCUCAGGUAAGAAUAUGUUGUCUUAUCUUCUUGUAGAUGGGAGAAGAAUUCACAUUUGAAAUUCUUAUUGUCCUGGAAUUUUCUAGUACUAGAAAGAGGAUGUCUGUAAUUGUGCGAACUCCUACAGGACAGCUCCAGCUCUACUGCAAAGGGGCUGAUUCAGUGAUUUAUGAGAGACUUUCAGAAGAUUCUCUCUUUGUGGAGGAGACUUUAGCCCAUCUGGAAUGUUUUGCCAAAGAAGGCAACACAACAAGUGAUUAAUCAGAACUGCCAAGAUCUUGGAGCCUCGUUAGGUAAACAAAAUGACCUGGCCCUAAUCAUUGAUGGUAAAACAUUGGCGCAUACCCUCCACUUUGAAGUUGAGAAGAGCUUCCUUAAUUUGGCCCUCUCAUGCAGAGUAGUAUUAUGUUGUAGGUAAGAAUAUAUUCACUGUUGUGUUUUUUCCUGCUAUAUUUAAUAUUGUUUAUGUGAAGAAAAUAUAGACAUGGAAAUGUAAGUUUUUGUAGAGACAAAGUUCCUUCCUGGGAAAAUAUUUGCUCAAACUGAAAUGAAAAGUCUGAAUUUAAUUCAUAUUGUCAGGUUUAAGAUUUAUUCAAAAGCAGUUUAUAAUUUUUCAGUGGUACAUUGUUCAUCGAUGUAAUGGCCAAAUGAAAGAAGUCUUCAAGGUAGAACAAAGGCCCUCCGUUUAUUUCCAGUGAGGGGCAAAUUUAAAAACAAUUCACUGACACCUAGAGGAAAAUGAAGUUAUGAAUAGGAGUGCAAGCAAAAACAUUGUUCUUUUAAAAAAGCAAAUCAUCUACAACCAAGAUGCCUGGAACUGAGAAAAUCAUGAAACUAUGUACAGAAUAGUUGUUCCUUGCUCCUCGGUAAAAAUAGUAAAUGGACCAAUUCUUAGAGCGUGUUAGGGCAUUGGACUCGUCAAUAUUAUCACAGGCGUGCUCGUCAAUCAGUGCGGUCCGCUCUACGCUUCACACACCUCCCUUAAAUGUCCUUCUGUGCUCACUGUCAUUCAGCAUCUACUAAAAAUAUGCAGCAACUUCUGUUCUUCACUCUGCUUUCCCCUGAGCUGUCUGUAGUUUAUUUAGCCUUCAGGAUUCUUUGUGACCUAGUCUUCUAUCAGUUAGAGCUGACAGACAUGAUGGAAAGCUGAAUUCAGAUCCAGCUUAGGCAAAAAGGGAAUUUAUUAGGUCACAUAGCUGAAAACUCUGCAGGUAGAACUGACCUCAUGAGAAGCAAGCAGGGCUUCCCUGGUGGCGCAGUGGUUGAGAUUCCGCCUGCCGAUGCAGGGGA